UCAUUUUAGUGACUGAGCAGUUAAUAACGAUGAAACAACAAUUUAGCUUGUUAUUGGUUCUGCUCUCGUGGAAACUGGCUCACGGCGAAAAUGACACUUCUUUAACAGACCUGAAAGCAGAAGAGCAUCAUAUUCAAGAAUCGCCUAUGCCACUUCCUCUUCCUUUUGGCUUCAGAAGGCCUAACAGAUUGCAGCAGAUAGGAGGAAAACCUCAUCCGUUUCCGUCACCGCCACAUCCUCCGGCGCCUCAGGAACAGGAAGAAUCCACUACGGAAGGAUGUGUAUUUCAAACGACCCCUUCAGAUCUGUCAACAGACGCCGUUCCGGUUACAGAAGAACCGACGACUCGUAGGCCGAGACCGACGAAGAAAAGACCGCCUCCGACGCCACCGACACCUCAAUCAGAAGAAGAGGAAGAAGGUGAUGGCUUGGUUUAUAGCAUAAGCAGGAUGGACGAAGACGGCGGGUACUUUUUUGACUUCUUAGCGUCCAACUCUGUAUUCAGACAGGAACAAGGCUUUUUCAAGACAAACCCGGAUCCGAAAGGCGAGAAGAUACACGUUAAAACAGGAGCUUACGGAUUCACCAGUCCUGAAGGAGCCAGAGUGAGAAUUGACUACGUCGCCGACGAGAACGGUUUCAGGGCUUUUGACACCACAUAAUAAUUCUUAUGUUGGUUAAAAUAUUUAUCUUCGAUAAGCGCAAGAACAAUAAAAAAACUCAUGUUCUGAA